AUGCGGAAAGGCGGCAAAGAAUGGGCUCACAUGGUUGACGUGAAGAGAGAACUCACUAAUUUUCAAGAACUUGUGCCCGACAUGGCCAGGACUUGGCCUUUCGAACUCGACACUUUCCAAAAAGAGGCCGUAUAUCAUCUCGAAAAUGGCGAUUCGGUCUUCGUAGCGGCUCAUACCUCUGCUGGGAAGACCGUCGUUGCUGAGUAUGCAAUAGCGCUGGCAGCCAGGCACAUGACUAAAGCUAUCUACACGUCUCCAAUCAAAGCCUUGAGCAAUCAGAAAUUUCGAGAUUUCAGAAUUGGGUUCCAAGACGUGGGCAUCUUGACAGGUGAUGUCCAGAUCAAUCCAGAAGCUAGCUGCCUUAUCAUGACAACGGAAAUCUUAAGAAGUAUGCUCUACCGCGGAGCGGACCUACUCAGAGAUGUCGAAUUCGUCAUCUUCGAUGAAGUUCAUUACGUUAAUGACUUGGAGCGGGGCGUCGUUUGGGAAGAAGUAAUCAUCAUGCUCCCAGAGCACGUCACUCUCAUCCUUCUUUCAGCAACUGUUCCGAAUACCUACGAGUUUGCUUCUUGGGUAGGAAGAACAAAGAAGAAAGACAUUUAUGUUAUCUCAACACCGAAAAGACCAGUGCCACUGGAACACUACCUGUGGGCUGAUAAGACCAUGCAUAAAAUCAUCGAUGCGGACAAGAAAUUUUUAGAUAAAGGCUGGAAGGAGGCAAACAUAGCCAUGUCAGGCAGGGACAAGAGUCAAUCUGCGGUUGAAGCCAGUGGAUCAGCUACUCAGCGCGGUGCGUCUAAUGCCAGAGGAGGCCGUGGCCAGGUUCAACGUGGUGGGCCUGCGCGUGGAGGCCAACAGCGUGGAGGGACACAGUCGCAGGGAAGGUUUCAGGCUCCGCGAGGCGUCGGGAAUAUCGCUCGGACAGGGCGGGGCGGAGGUCGAACAAGUGCUGCGCAGGACAGAAACAUUUGGGUCCAUCUCAUUCAGCAUCUAAAGAAGCAUGUUCUUCUUCCCGCAUGCAUCUUUGUCUUCUCAAAGAAAAGGUGUGAGCAAAAUGCCGACGCCUUGUCAAAUCUAGACUUCUGUACUGCAUUGGAGAAGAGCGCGAUACACAUGACAAUCGAGCGAUCAAUUGCUCGGCUCAAGCCAGAGGAUCGCCUUCUACCCCAAAUCAGGCGAUUACGGGAACUGCUCAGUCGGGGUGUCGCCGUACAUCAUGGUGGUCUUCUACCAAUUGUCAAAGAAGUCGUUGAAAUCCUCUUCGCAAAGACACUUGUGAAAGUUUUGUUUGCCACGGAAACUUUUGCUAUGGGUCUUAACCUACCAACGCGUACAGUGGUCUUUUCUGGCUUCCGCAAGCAUGAUGGUCGAGCUUUUAGAGAUCUUCUGCCCGGCGAAUACACGCAAAUGGCAGGUAGAGCUGGUCGGCGCGGAAUCGACCCCGUUGGCAGCGUAGUUAUCGUCAACUCUAACAGUGACGAGGCUCCGCCUGCUGCCACACUGAAGCAGAUGAUUCUUGGGGACCCCACGAAACUACGAUCUCAGUUUCGUCUUACUUACAACAUGAUCCUCAACCUACUCAGAGUAGAGGCACUAAAGAUUGAGGAGAUGAUCAAAAGAAGCUUCAGUGAAAAUGCAACCCAGGCGCUGCUCCCCGAGCAAGAAAAGCAGAUCAAGCUCUCCGAAUCGGACUUGGCCAAGAUCAAACGUGAACCUUGCGAAGUUUGCGAUAUCGAUAUCGACGUGUGUCACGACGCGGCCAUGGAAUACCUGCUAGCCACUGCAGAUGUGUACCUUGCACUUUUAGCAUCUCCUGUUGGCAGGCGGAUGUUAUCUGCCAAGCGCUUGGUCGUAUUUCGAAAGAACGGUAUACAUACAGCUGGAAUCCUUCUACGCGAAGGCGUGAGCAAGGGCCUUGCUCCCACCCUCGAGCUUCUCUCUCUAGGAGCAAAAAACCCAACUCGUAAUCCGGGCGAUCUUUUACCCUAUCUUCCUAAAUUUCGCCCCCUUUUCGCAAAGCUACCUACAGAGGUUGCAGAGAUGGAGCUCAAGGUCCUCAAGAUCCCCUUGAGUGACAUUGACUCUGUGACCAAAACCAUUGUACAGAUUGGGACCGAUAAAUUACUAAAACACAGUGAAGAAGCGACAAAGAUCGCAGUAGGGGAAGUGGCGAAGAUCUGUGCAGCAUGGGACCAGCCUAAUUGGGACGAACUGGACUGGAGUCGGAUGAAGGAGCUCCAGACACGGGAGAUACUGGAACAUCGCAAGCAAGAAGCCACCAAAGCCCAGCAAGCUCGUGCGCUCGAGUGCCCGAACUUUGUCAAGCACUUCUCUAUGCGUCAUGAUGAAUGGCUCGUCAAAGAGAAUAUAUCACAGCUGAGGCAACUAAUGUCGGAUCAGAACUUACAGCUCCUUCCCGACUACGAACAGCGAAUAUCUGUCUUGAAAGAUUUGGGGUUCAUCGACCACCACUCAAGGGUUGAGCUCAAAGGCAAGGUAGCCUGUGAAAUUCAUUCGGCUGACGAGCUUGUCCUUACUGAGCUUGUACUCGAAAAUGUGCUUGCAAAAUUCGAACCAGAAGAGAUUGUCGCUCUUCUAUCAGCAUUUGUCUUCCAAGAAAAGACCGAGGCCGAGCCCACCUUGACUCCACAUCUGGAAAAAGGGAAGGAGACGAUCAUUGCUAUAUCUGAAAAAGUCAACGCUUUCCAGACGCAGCAUCAAGUCAUUCUCUCAAGCGAUGACUCGAAUGACUUUGUGAGUCGACCUCGGUUUGGUCUCGUGGAGGUGGUGUAUGAGUGGGCCAGGGGGAUGUCAUUCAACCGGAUCACCGACCUCACGGAUGUGCUGGAGGGAACGAUCGUCCGCGUAAUCACGAGAUUGGACGAGACGUGUAGGGAGGUGAAGAACGCAGCGAGGAUCAUUGGAGACCCUGAGCUCUUCACAAAGAUGCAAACUGCGCAAGAGCUGAUCAAACGCGACAUCACAGCGGUCGCCUCGCUCUAUAUGUGA